AUGAAAGAACUACCUAGCGACCUAGAGCAACUGAUGAAUGACGUGGACUCGGACGGCUCAGGAGUAAUUGACUACACAGAGUUUGUUGCGGCCACACUUGACAAGAGGCAGUAUAUACAAGAAGACGUGUGCUGGGCGGCGUUCCGUGUCUUUGAUUUGGACGGAAACGGGCGAAUAUCUGCUCAGGAUCUAGCGCAUGUUCUCUUGAACACGGACGUGCAGAGCGUUUUUCCGUCGCCUGCAUCGCUCGGCAAUGGCAGCGCUUCGUUGCAUGCCCAAUCUGCUGCGGCACAGGAUGUUCAAGAAGACGCCAACAAAGGACCAGGAAGCAGUCAAUCCCCGCAACAGAAGCAACAGCAAAUGCAGCAAAUCAAAAGUAUCAUCCGUGAGGUGGACCGGAAUGGAGAUGGAGAGGUUCGUUAUGGUGGUUUCUGGGUAGAGGCGGCCUGCAGGUCCUAG